CCUCCCGUCGCUGCCUCCACGAUACCUGAGCCCCUCGCCCGCUGUCGUCGCAGGACUGCCUCCGCACUGCCUCAGCCCGCAAUCUAACUCACGCCGGCCGCACCGCUCCACCCGUGCCUGAGUCUCGUGCGAUCGCCGCUUGCUUAACUCGCUACUCCGUUACCUGGCCCGUGACGACCUGCCUCGACACCUGGUAUAACAAAACCCUGCGCCCGCCGCUGCUGCCAGAUGCUCUUUCGUCGUAGCUACUGGUAGCUCGCUGCGCGAUUCCCACAGUCGUUAUACCACCUUCCCUUCUCUUCGCUUCGUCCACCGCCGGGUCGGUUUACCUCGUCCUUUCUUUUAAUUCAUUCCUUUCGACCAGAGCUAUGGGGAAGCUAAUCAAGAACCACUGGGCGCGCCUCAUCGUGCUGACGGCUGCUGCUUACCAAAUCUGCGCGGCAAUCGAAGCCUUCUUCUGGCCCAAGAUCUUCUGGGACUUCCUGACCAAGAAUCUCGAUGGCGGCGUUAAGCCCAUACCGAUCCUUCAAGUCGUCAACGUCAUCAUGGGUGUCGUCGGUCUCGCAUGGGAGUGGCCGCUCGGAAUGCUCGCCGGUUCUGGAUUGCAUCGCUCCAUCGAAGCUCGCCUCAUUAUCUACCCCCUCAGCUCUCUCGUUGCCCUCUUGAUAUACCAGGGUACCAAUGCCGGUCUGUACUAUAUUGUCGGCAUGAUUGCGUACUUCUGGGCAUACAGCGAAGGCGAGGUUGUCUGCCCCGAACCCUGGACUCUCCCCAAGCGCGGCUCCACCGCUCGACGGACCAUAUAGACGUUUCCCUCCACUCCAAUUUAACUCACUUCGCACGACCUUUUCUCGCAAGACGGAGUUCCACGUGGAUGAUUACCUCUUCGAUCUCAUCUCAACCCCAUUUCCCGAUUUCUCGAUACCAACCUUUUUCGACCAUGAUCCGCUACGUUACGGCAGCGGAGGCGUUUUUUUUGGCGGCACGAACGAACGAAAGAAAGACCGGGGCGGAGCGCUUUCCUUUUGACGCAUCUCAGCAAUACGCUACG